AUGCUGGAUUACAUCUACAAGAAUCUGUUGGAGCUGUAUGGCAAUUUCAGCAUUGCCCUGAGUUUACUCUUGACGUUGCCCGUCACUGUCACCUCAGCAGGCCCCUCCCAGCCAUGCCUCCUGACGCCGUCACAGAGCCCCUCAGGGGGAUCCCUUGUGAGCAGACAGUUGCGGGAGGGAGCUAUGGCCCACAUAGCGCUGGUGAUGGAGCAUCUAGUGAUGCUGGGCCUCACCAUCAACAAUGCCAAGAGUCAGCUGACGCCGUGCAUGUUCCAGGCAUGGAGAAUCGGGCAGCGGACCUCCUCUCGAGGGAGGGCCCGCAUCUGUUGGAGUGAUGGCUCCACCCUCAGGUACCCCGCGAGAUACCCCUCUGCUCCCAGCUUCGGAGGCCACGCCUCCCCUUCAUUCAAGGCAGCACCAUAUUGCCUUCCUUUGGAGGGACCAGGAGCUCAACCCUAUCAGAGUUCAGGUUUUAAUGGGUCUGCUGUCGAACUGGACCAAAGCCCACCUUUUCUGGUAGAUGCAUGGCUGGUUCCUCUCUUUUUUGCCCUCAUCAUGUUGGUGGGGCUGGUGGGGAACUCUUUGGUUAUUUAUGUGAUUACCAAACACAGACAGAUGAGGACCGUCACUAACUUUUACAUAGCAAACUUAGCUACCACGGACAUACUCUUCCUUGUCUGCUGUGUGCCUUUUACUGCCACGCUGUACCCUCUGCCUAGCUGGGUCUUUGGAGACUUCAUGUGCAGAAUCGUCAACUACCUGCAACAGGUGACGGCACAAGCAACCUGCAUCACCCUUACAGCCAUGAGUGUGGACCGCUGCUACGCCACUGUCUACCCACUACAAUCAUUGCGGCAUCGUACUCCCAGAGUGGCGAUGGCAGUCAGUGUUGGCAUCUGGAUAGGUUCCUUUGUUCUGUCUGUUCCUGUUGCUGCGUAUCAGACGCUAGACACAGGAUACUGGUAUGGACCUCAGACGUACUGUAUUGAGGCAUUCCCUUCAGUGUACCACCAGAAGACAUUCAUUCUCUACACCUUUUUGGUUGUGUAUCUUCUGCCACUUGUUACAAUUUGUGUUUGCUAUGCAUUCAUGCUGCAAAGAAUGAGCAGACCAGUGGUUGAACCAUCAGAUAACAACUACCAGGUCCAGCUUUUAGCAGAAAGAUCUGAGGCUAUACGCAUCAAGAUUUCCAAGAUGGUGGUGGUGAUUGUCCUGCUCUUUACAAUCUGCUGGGGUCCCAUUCAGUUCUUCAUCCUCUUUCAGGCUUUUGACUCCAACUUUCAGAAGAAUUAUGAGACGUACAAGAUCAAAAUUUGGGCCCACUGCAUGUCCUACUCCAACUCAUCUGUCAACCCCAUCGUGUAUGCUUUCAUGGGGGCCAACUUCAGAAAGUCUUUUAAAAAGGCAUUUCCUUUUAUCUUCAAACAGAGAGUUGGCACCACGGGGGAAGCUGUUGUCAACACUGAAAUGCACUUUGUUUCAUCUGGAACAUAAACACAAGGCCCGAUGGAGGUUUCAUAAAAUUAGAAUUAAAAAAGAAAAAAAAAAAAUCUUUGAAUCUAAUGAUUAUCUCCUC